UUCGUCAAUUGAAGCAAACAUGAGUCGAUAAAAUUGACAGAGUCACAGAGAUUCUUUUUAUUUUAUUUUUCCUCUGUUAUUGUUGAUCUGUCUGUUCGGGAUUCUUCUUUUUAGUUCUCUGUUGAUCCAUCCAAUUGAAUCUUACGAAUUUGUAGAGUGGAGAUGAGGUCGCUUCAUACACCGGUUGUUUGCCCUAGUGCUGGUCCCAGACAAUUGGGUGUCUCUGCUUCUGCUUCACUUGUCAACUGCUCUGUUUCCAAACCUAGGUUGCUCAGAAACCAAUUCUUGGGUGGUAAUCAGACCAGAAAUGUUAAGUCCCAGGUUGCUACAGUAAGUAUUCGGAGGUGUAAGAGUAUAAAAUGUCUUUUCAGCUCGCAUUCUGAUGGUACCGGAAGCACAGCUGAGAAUUUCAACGAGAACGAUGAUGAUUAUGUCAACUCUAGUGUUCUGGAAGCUGUUGAGGUAAAGAGUGGACCAGAUGGUUUCAUGGUGAAGAUGAGGGAUGGUAGGCAACUUAGAUGUGUCCAUAACAAUCCUCAGGGAGGGAAUCUUCCAAAUUAUGCUCCACACUCUGCUAUUGUGCUCAAAAUGGAAGAUGGAACUGGUCUUCUUCUUCCUAUUAUCGUCUUGGAGAUGCCUAGUGUUUUACUCAUGGCAGCAUUGACAAAUGUUCAAAUAGCAAGACCCACUAUGUACCAAGUGGUGAAGGAGAUGGUCGAAAAAAUGGGUUACGAGGUUAGGCUUGUUAGAGUUACCACAAGAGUUCACGAGGCAUAUUUUGCAGAGUUAUACCUUUCAAAGGUUGGUGGUAAUAAGUCGGAGUGUGUUAGCUUCGAUCUCCGUCCUUCAGAUGCAAUUAACAUAGCUGUUAGAUGCAAGGUACCUAUCCAAGUUAACAAGUAUCUAGCUUAUAGUGAUGGAAUGAGAGUCAUUGAUUCGGGAAAGCUAUCAAAGCAAACACCUGCUUCAGAUGGUUUAUUAUUCACUGAACUAGACAGGCCAAAUGGUCAGCCUUGUUUUGAUACAAAAGAGUUUGACUUAUUGAGGAACAUGAUGCAAGCUGUUGAUGAAGAACGGUAUGAUGAAGCCGCUGAGUGGAGAGACAAGCUUGGCCAGUUUCAGGCAAAACGCAAAUUAAGGAAGUACACAUGACAGGCAGGUCGGAAGACCAAGCAAGGUAAUUGAUAUUAGUAUAUGAUUAAAGUAAAUAAUAAAGAAGCCAUUGCUACCAGAAGUUUGAGAUCAAGUGGGGUGGAAGAAAGGCUUCCACAAAAACAAAAAAAUAUCUCUGGUAUGAUGGAGACUGGAAAGAGAUUGUAAAAUACUUUUCUCUAUGACUCUAUCUACACUUGUGCACGUACUGGUUGUUUAGUUUAUAAUUCUCAAGAAUACGGACAAAAAUGUAUGUAGCGUGAUCGUGAUGUGUACAUAUUUUAUUACAUUAUUGAUCUUCUCUAAAA